UGCCUCCCGGGAAGUCAGGUGCGCCGCUGGAUAUCCCAGCCGGCGGGGCCUUACCAGACCCCGGGCCCCGCCCCGUUCGCCCCGCCCCCGGGCUGCCCUCAGCGCCGCCUGAUUGCAUUUGCGGCCUCGCUGCCGCAUCCCAGGCUAAUCGCCGCGUGGGUCCCUGGUCUGGGCCAUGUCUGGCUGUGACGCUCGGGAGGGAGACUGUUGUUCCCGGAGAUGCGGCGCGCAGGACAAGGAGCAUCCAAGAUACCUGAUCCCAGAACUUUGCAAACAGUUUUACCAUUUGGGCUGGGUCACUGGGACUGGAGGAGGAAUUAGCUUGAAGCAUGGCAAUGAAAUCUACAUUGCUCCUUCAGGAGUGCAAAAGGAACGAAUUCAGCCUGAAGACAUGUUUGUUUGUGAUAUAAAUGAAAAGGACAUAAGUGGACCUUCGCCAUCGAAGAAGCUAAAAAAAAGCCAGUGUACUCCUCUUUUCAUGAAUGCUUACACAAUGAGAGGAGCAGGUGCAGUGAUUCAUACCCACUCUAAAGCUGCUGUGAUGGCCACCCUUCUCUUUCCAGGACGGGAGUUUAAAAUUACACAUCAAGAGAUGAUAAAAGGAAUAAAGAAAUGUACUUCCAGAGGGUAUUAUAGAUAUGAUGAUAUGUUAGUGGUACCCAUUAUUGAGAAUACACCUGAGGAGAAAGACCUCAAAGAUAGAAUGGCUCAUGCAAUGAAUGAAUACCCAGACUCCUGUGCAGUACUGGUCAGACGUCAUGGAGUAUAUGUGUGGGGGGAAACAUGGGAGAAGGCCAAAACCAUGUGUGAGUGUUAUGACUAUUUAUUUGAUAUUGCCGUAUCAAUGAAGAAAGUAGGACUUGAUCCUUCACAGCUCCCAGUUGGAGAAAAUGGAAUUGUCUAAGCCAAAAGAAAGUCUAAUUAUAUACAGAGAUAAAGCCAAACGUAAUUAUUAUUUAAAUGAAAGCUAUUUUUUAAAUGAAUUGAAAUUUUUCAUGAUGCUACUAAUUUGCCACUAAAUACUGCAAAUGGUCACCCUGAAUCUCUUCUGACAUUGGAUGUUAUUUGCUUAUAUUCUUAUAAUUUUAAAUGAGGGGACAGUGAAAUGAAAAUUUUAUACUCUAUGUUUCUGUUUAUUUUUAAAUCCUUAACAGCAAAAUAUUUGCCUUUAAUUUCUUUUUUAUAUAUACUCUCAGAGAAUUCCUCUUAAUUUUUAAAGAUGCUGGUGAUAAUAAAAUUCAUUGGAAAAUUUC